GGAAACGUGGAAACGAACCAGAGAUACCACGACUCCAGCACUUCCAGCUGAGCACGAUCGAUAGGGGUGAAGUGAAAACAGGGACGUCUCCGGUCGACGUGUAUCAGUUACCGAUGAAAAUAUUCCACGCAAUAUUGUUAACCGAAAUCGACGCAAAAUGUCUCGAAUAAUACUUCUCUUAGCCAUAUGUUGCUUCGCCGGUGUUCGAUCUGCCAAUCUUGAAGCAGUGAACGAUGAGGAGUUGAUAAAUCUCAUAAAAACUGAGAAAUAUGUGGUAGUGCUCUUCACUAGUAAAGACUGUGAGGCUUGUGAUAACUAUGAGAACGAGGUAAUCCAUCUACGGGAAGACCUGGUGGACUCUUUGUCUGCCUGGGUUGUCAAAGUUGUGGAUAGUCAACUGCUCAGACUUUACAGUGCAGAUAAGGAACCGGCACUUGUGUUCUUUAGACAUGGGAUGCCUUUACUUUAUAAUGGGCCAUUAAAUGAUGAAGAGAUCCUGAUGAUGUUUACUGAAAACAAAGAGCCUACAGUAAAAGAACUAACAGAUGAUACAUUUGAACACUUAACUCAGGCAAGUAGUGGAGCUACAACUGGAGAUUGGUUUGUUAUGUUUUACAGUACAGAUUGUGUGGAGUGUGUCAGAAUGAUUGCAAGAUGGGAGGCUGUAGGUGCAAAGCUUAAGCAAAAGGUAAAUGUAGCUCGUAUCAAUAAAUAUACAACUGGAGCAUCCACAGCUAGGAGAUUUAAUGUUUAUGAAACUCCUGAAUUCAUAUUCUUCAGACAUGGUAAAAUGUAUCGUUAUCAGAUACCAAAAUAUGAUAUUAACGCGUUUGUGUCGUUUGCGAAAGAUUGGUACAAAAAUGCGCGUGCUGAAACUGUCCCUGUGCCACAAAGCCCAUUCGAUGAUUUGGUGCAAAUGAUUGCAAACUUCCUUCGUGAAAAUCCAUGGGUUUUGAAGCUUGGCAGUAUGACCAUUGGUGUGUUUAUUAUAAUUUCGGUAGUUUCUAGAUUCAGGCGCAAAACUCAGACACCUCAGAAAAAUGAUUAACCGUUUUAUGCACCAAAGAGAUGUGUUAUGGGUACUGUGCCAAACCAUUCAUAUUUGCAAUGUUGUAUAAAAGCACAAAAAUUAAAUGAAUAAAUUUUUUUAACAAA